GAACAAGAGGCAUUGUAUAAACUCAACAAAGGCGACUAUAUACUUAUACUACAACACUCCUGCUGUUCGCAAUCAAGAUAUGACUUACAUCCGACAGAAUUGCCAUAUAAAUCGAGGAGAUGGCUGGUUCGCACGGCAGUCCUCAUCCCAACGCGGGACUAUGUAAGUUUAUUAAAUCAUUUGGAACAAAGUGCUUUCCAAGAAAAAAGAACCCAUCCUUCCUCGGUAUAUCAUACGACGACGUUCAAUCACAAGAACAACCCCAAACUAAUCUACCAUCAAACCGCCCUCAACAUUCUGUUCAGAUUGAACGAGAUUCAUUCGAUCUUGUUACUGAGCAAGCGCAACGUACUUCGAUCCCUAAACCAGUAAAUAGGGAAAGGAAUCCAAAACCUUCACUUAUACCCGUCCCCUCACGCCCCUCUCGUCCCUCCACUAAGAGAAAAAUGGACGACGAUAAGCGGCAUACGCACCAUCCCCGUCUCCCCGCCGCCAUCAACCUAACCCCAAGCUCCAGAUCCACGCGCCAAGGCUCCACCGUAUCAAACGAUGGGAGCGCAGUUAGUUCUUCCAUCGACCCCAGGGAUCUCUGGACUACAUCCCCGUUCCGCGAAUCCCAGCUCGUGGGAUUGUUCCACGUGAUUCAGAACACGCUUUCGCAUGUCCCGUACGUAAUUUGCGGUCUUGCGGCGUUGUAUGAUCAUGGGUAUCGCUCGCGGCGUGUGACUAGUGUUAGUAUACUGUGUCCCGCGUAUGCGAAGGAUAAUGUUAGGGGCUGGUUGGCGGCGAGGGGGUAUGCGAGUUAUGCGGAUUCGGUUAGUAUUCCGAUUGUGGUUGAUGGCGGGAAGCUGUUGUGUAGAGUUAGGAUUAAGUAUGUGGAUGAGGGGUUUGAUAUUUUGGAGGUGGAGAAGGGGAGGUUGGGGCCGGUGAAUGUGUUGAGUCUGGCGAGUCAGAUUGAUAAUGCGGCGGCGGGGUAUGUGGAUAUUUGGAGGAGGUUGAGAGAUAGGAUUUUGCAUCAGAUGGAGAGGAAGGAUAGGGAGGCCGCGAGGGUUGCUGCUGAUGAGGAGGCGUUGGGGUCGAUUGCGCGGGACGUCUUUUGGUGUCUUACUGAGGCCGUUAGGAGACGUGAGCAACUUCAGGCGAAGUAUAUGCCUUCCCUACUUAGCGAAGACUUCUGGAUCGCAUUCACGGCGCAUUAUCCUAACGCGAAAUUCGAGAUGGAACGUGCGGGCAUUGAUGUCAAAGGGAUCUCGAAGAAACACGAAACGGCGAUUUCAAUCCGCGAACAUAAUGAUAUGUUGAGGGCAUUCGGUCACGAGAUACCGCAUGAGGAAAGCGGCGAAGGCGUGGUUAACAAGCAGGGCCCCCUUGAGAAUAUGCGCAAUCUGAUGAAUACUAGGAGUGUGUAUAGUCUUAACUCGCCAACGCUGGUGGCGGCUCCAGGAGAGCCGUCUUCGCGCCCUCCCACUGCUUCAAGUCUGCCUGUACCUGUACAACAACAGCAAUCAUCUACCUCUAAAUCCACCGGUAUGAACUCCAGUGAACCCCACGCCGAGAAUUGGCCACUGACGGAUUCCUUCAUGAAGAAGCCGAGUAGUUCCCCCGACGACCGACCGAUGGCUGGGAAUAGCCGUAUUCCAGUCCGAACGAGCAGUUCCCGCGGUGACCGUCGAGGCGAAAUUCCACCUCCCCCUCCCCCACCCAGGAAUCCGGCUAGGACGCUGACGAAGCCGAAUCCGCCGAAGCAGGAGUCCUCGGAGGAUAAGGAGAGGCCCGUCACGAAGUGGUUUUAAUUGCUCCUCGUAAGUCAUUCUAUCCCUAUUACAGUCUAAGAGGCGAAGGUUACGGAAAGGUAUGUGAGUGUGGAAGCACACCCCCUGUUUAUUGUAUGAUUGAUUCGUGUAUUGUUAUUGUUCCGACCUUGGAAGGUUUUACACUCUCCGACGCCUUAGCUUUGCUAUAGAUCUUAGAC